AUGGUCGUGCAUAUCUUAGGGAAGGCAUUUAAGGGUAAAGAGAUAGUUAAUAUUGCACUAGCAUCCAAAUUUUACGGAAUAGGGAAAAAAACAUCCCAAGAAGUAUGUGCGAAAUUGGGGUUCUACCCAACAAUGAGGAUGCAUCAACUAUCAGAAGCUCAAGUACUCAAUAUAACCAGUGAAUUGUCGACCAUGACUAUAGAAGGUGAUGCCAGAGCAAUCGUUAGGGAGAAUAUAGCACUAAAGAAAAGAAUAGGGUGCUACGAAGGAAUGAGACAUGCCUUGCAUCUUCCUGUAAGGGGACAACGUACUAGAACCAACGCAAAGACUGCCAGAAAAUUAAACCGUAUUGAUAGAAAGGGGAUGCAUACAUUAGCAUCCGGCAUAUGGUCCACCAUAAGGGGGAAAUUUUAA